CACAUGGUAUAAUAAAGUAAUGCACUACCGCGGUAUAUUAAAAGUCGAAGAUGCGAUGAUGUGUGUUGCCAUACACCUAAAGUUGAAAGGUGCAGUUCUUACAUGGUAUAAUGCUAAGCCAACGUUCGCCAACAAUGUAGACGAAUUAAUGAACGAAAUGAAGGCGGUGUUCACAUCCGGCGAAAGAAAGCUCGAACGCCGUCGUAGGUUUGAAAGCCGAGUGUGGGUGCCGGAAGAAAGUUUUGCAAACUACUACAAUGACAAGUUCGCCCUACGAGCAGAUUUAAAUCUUAGUGACGAAGAAUUCGCGGAUUACCUUGUUGAAGGAAUCCCUGGCAAGCAACUCCGCAACCAAGCAAGGUUGCACAAUGUUACGUCACCAAACGAUGUCGUGAGAGCAUUCCGUUCAAUUUCAUUGCCGGAACGACCAGCAGCAAAGCAACGCACCGAUGAACGUCUCAGGUGCUAUAACUGCAACUGUUCAGGCCACUACGCGAAAGACUGCAGGAAGGCGAAACGAGAAGCUGGGUCGUGCUAUGCCUGCGGACAGCAAGGACACUUCGCAACAAACUGUAACCAAUAUAAAAAAGAGAAAAAUUCAUUUAAUGCUUAGUUGACUCGGGCAGCCCGAUUAGCUUAAUGAAACAAAAUGUGGUGCCGUCAGGGGUGAAGCUAGAGGAAGUAAAAGAAAC